AUGGCAGUCCCCUUUAAGACGAUGGGCAUCCUGGCCCUUGUCAGCUCAACAAUGGCGGUGUCGCCGUACGUCGCCAAUCUGUCCACCAAUGCCCAGGGCCUCUUGACUGAGUCCAUGGCGUGGAUGGACCAGUACUACGACCGUUCCGCGGGGUACCUCUACGAUAUUGGAUCCGCAUCCGCGCUCCGGCACGAGACGCGCAGCUCCGUCUGGUACGCCCUGGGUCUGCUUGCGCGCAACGACGGCGACGACGCUGCAGAGGCCGAGAAGAUUAUCAAGAACACCAUUGGCGCACAGUUCAAGAAUGUCUCGGAGCAAUGGUACGGAGACUACCAAAAGUACGAUGGGGAGCCGUACGUGGGAUCGCCUUACUACGAGGAUAGCAUUUACAACUCGUGGGACCCCAACUGGAGAGGUUUCGUCGGCACGACGCUAGUUAUGGCGUUGGAGGAGUUCCCUCACCUGCUGAGCAACGACACCCAGGAUCUCAUCCUCGAGUCGCUGCACAACACCACAAAGGGAGACGAGUACCGCGUCGGCGGCGUCGAUGACGACAACCUCUACCCAGCCUACAGCAACCCCGCCAUCAUGCGUGCCCUCGUCUCAGGCUACACCGGCCGCCGCCUAAACGAUUCCAACAUGACGGCCUCGGGCGAGUCGUACGCGCAGGAAAUCAUCGACCUCUUUGACCGCGCCAACACGCUCUCCGAGUUCAACUCGGGCACCUACACGGGCGUCUCCCUCUUCGGGCUGAUCCUCUGGUCCAAAUACCUCCCCGAGGACUCGAUCAUGACCCAAAAGGGCCCGCAGAUGCUCGCCGACACGUGGAAGGCCGUCGCGCAGCUGUGGCACCCGGGCAUGAAGAAUAUGGCUGGCCCCUGGGACCGCGCCUACGGGUACGAUAUGAACCGCUACGUCAGCUUGAUGGCGCUCUGGUUCUGGACGUUGAUUGGGAAGGAGAACUCUUCUCUCAUCUCUGCUCCUCAAGUCAUGUCCCACGCCGCCGACUACGCCUGGGCCCCCCUCUUCGCCGUUCUCGCCGACUUCCACGCAAGCCUCCUCCCCGAAGGCCUCGUCGCGAACCUCACCACCUUUGGCACCGAAGAGCGUACCUUCUCCGCCUCGACUUUCUACCCGCCCUACGACCUCGUGCCCCGCAACAUCAGCACCUGGCUCUCGGAGAACCUCACCAUCGGCGCCGAGUCCUUCAAGGAGAACGUCGUCGGCGGGCCCUCCAUCAACCAGGCGUCCUUCAACCCGGCUGUCGUGCAGUGGGACACGGGCGCCGAGAUCGCCUUUAUCUCGCUGUACCCCACCGAGAUGUCGCUCGACGUCGAGGUCGCGCCGAAUAAGCUGAGCCUGAGCUACCCCAACGGCACCGCCGACUCCAUCUUUACGUUUGUCGUCGGUACCUUUAUCAAGAAGCCCACCAUUACCGGCUGGGCCGAUGUUCAGGGCCUGUCUGUCAAUGUGUCGGGUAACGUCAACGAGACGUACGCGCUGUCGUUUGCUGGAUCCAUGGGAGGCACUAGCUCGCCCAUCCGCGACUUUGAGUUUUGGAACUUUACGUACACGCUGCCCCAGGGCUUCGAGGGCACGCCGAGCAUUGUUCUUGACUUGAGCUUGCUGUAG